GCGGGAGGCGUCGCGCGGCGGCCAGUUCGCGCGGGAGCGGGGCGCCUAGGCCCCUGGGCUGCAGGUCGCUGGGAACGGAAGCCGCCGCGGGACGGCGAGGAAGCCAGGAUGGCGACCCCAAGCAGGAAAACAGCGAAUCCGAGCCCCCUGGCUUCCAAGAGGGCUUUCACGAGAGAUCCUUCCUCGGAGGUCCCGAGCAAGAGAAAGAAUUUGGCCCCGCCACCGUCGUCGCUGCUGCAGUCGUCCGGGCCUUUUGUGGAGGGCUCUAUAGUCCGCAUCGCGAUGGAGAACUUCCUAACAUAUGAUAUCUGUGAAGUAACUCCUGGACCUCACUUGAAUAUGAUUAUUGGAGCCAAUGGAACAGGGAAGUCAAGCAUCGUGUGUGCCAUUUGCCUUGGAUUAGCUGGCAAACCUGCUUUCAUGGGACGGGCAGAUAAGGUUGGGUUUUUUGUGAAGAGAGGAUGUUCGAAAGGCAUGGUUGAAAUUGAAUUGUUCAGGACUUCUGGAAAUCUUAUAAUCACCCGUGAGAUUGAUGUGGCAAAAAAUCAGUCCUUUUGGUUCAUCAACAAAAAAUCUACAACCCAGAAAGUGGUUGAAGAACAAGUUGCAGCCUUAAAUAUUCAAGUGGGCAAUCUUUGCCAGUUUCUACCUCAGGACAAAGUAGGAGAAUUUGCAAAACUCAGCAAAAUAGAACUACUUGAAGCUACUGAGAAGUCAAUUGGUCCUCCAGAAAUGCACAGGUAUCACUGUGAACUCAAAAACUUCAGGGAGAAAGAAAAACAGCUGGAGACUUCUUGCAAAGAAAAAACUGAAUAUCUAGAGAAAAUGGUUCAGAGGAAUGAAAGAUAUAAACAAGAUGUCGAGAGGUUCUAUGAAAGGAAACGACACUUAGAUUUAAUUGAGAUGCUUGAAGCAAAACGGCCAUGGGUGGAAUAUGAAAAUGUUCGUCAGGAAUAUGAAGAAGUAAAACUAGCCCGUGACCAAAUGAAGGAAGAGGUCAGAAAACUUAAAGAAGGACAGAUUCCUAUGACACGUCGGAUUGAGGAAAUUGAAAGGCAACGCCAUAAUUUGGAGGCUCUAAUCAAAGAAAAGGCAACAGACAUUAAAGAGACAUCUCAAAAAUGCAAACAGAAACAAGAUGUUAUAGAAAGGAAAGAUAAACAUAUUGAGGAACUUCAGCAGGCUCUAACAGUAAAACAAAAUGAAGAACAAGACAGACAGAGGAGAAUAAGUAAUACUCGCAAAAUGAUAGAGGAUUUGCAAAAUGAAUUAAAGACCACAGAAAACUGUGAGAAUCUUCAGCCUCAGAUUGAUGCCAUUACAAAUGAUCUGAGACGAGUUCAAGAUGAAAAGGCAUUAUGUGAAGGCGAGAUAAUUGAUAAACGAAGAGAGAAGGAAACUCUAGAGAAAGAGAAAAAGAAUGUGGAAGACCAUAUUCAACGUUUUGACAAUCUUAUGAAUCAAAAGGAAGAUAAGCUGAGACAGAGGUACCGGGACACUUAUGAUGCUGUUUUGUGGCUAAGAAAUAACAGAGACAAAUUUAAGCAAAGAGUUUGUGAGCCUAUAAUGCUUACGAUCAAUAUGAAAGACAAUAAAAAUGCCAAAUAUAUUGAAAAUCAUAUUCCAUCAAAUGACUUGAGAGCCUUUGUGUUUGAAAGUCAAGAAGAUAUGGAGGUUUUCCUCAGAGAGGUUCGUGACAAUAAAAAGUUAAGAGUAAAUGCUGUUAUUGCUCCCAAGAGUUCAUAUGCAGACAAAGCACCUUCAAGGUCUCUGAAUGAACUAAAACAAUAUGGAUUUUUCUCCUAUUUGCGAGAGUUAUUUGAUGCACCUGAUCCUGUAAUGAGUUACCUUUGUUGCCAGUAUCAUAUUCAUGAAGUUCCUGUGGGAACUGAAAGAACCAGGGAAAGAAUUGAACGGGUAAUACAAGAAACUCGAUUAAAACAAAUUUAUACAGCAGAAGAAAAGUAUGUGGUGAAAACUUCUUUUUAUUCAAACAAACUUAUUUCUAGUAACACAUCCCUGAAAGUAGCCCAGUUUCUCACAGUCACAGUGGAUCUAGAACAAAGAAGACACUUGGAAGAACAGCUAAAGGAAAUUAAAAGAAAAUUGCAAGCUGUGGAUUUAGGAUUAAAUGCCUUACGUGAGACAAACAGGCAUCUAGAACACAAAGACAAUGAACUGAGACAAAAGAAGAAGGAGCUUCUUGAAAGAAAAACAAAAAAGAGACAACUGGAACAAAAAAUUAGUUCCAAACUAGGAAGUUUAAAACUGAUGGAACAGGAUACUUGUAACCUUGAAGAGGAAGAGCGAAAAGCAACUACCAAAAUCAGAGAAAUAAACAUUCAGAAAGCAAAACUUGUUACUGAAUUAACAAACCUAGUAAAGAUUUGUACUACUUUGCACAUAGAAAAAGUAGACUUAAUUCUUCAGAAUACUACCGUAAUUUCAGAAAAGAACAAAUUAGAAUCAGAUUAUAUGGCUGCGUCAUCACAACUACGCAUCACAGAGCAACGUUUCAUUGAGUUGGAUGAAAAUAGACAAAGAUUAUUGCAGAAAUGCAAGGAACUUAUGAAGAGAGCUAGGCAAGUAUGUAAUCUUGGUGCAGAGCAGAGUGUUCCUCAAGAAUAUCAGACACAAGUACCCACCAUUCCAAAUGGACACAACUCCUCACCCCCCAUGGCUUUCCAAGAUCUUCCAAACACAUUGGAUGAAAUUGAUGCUUUAUUAACUGAAGAAAGAUCAAGAGCUUCCUGCUUCACAGGACUGAAUCCUACAGUGGUUGAGGAAUACACAAAAAGAGAAGAAGAAAUUGAACAGUUAACUGAGGAACUAAAGGGAAAGAAAGUUGAACUAGAUAAAUAUAGGGAAAACAUUUCACAGGUAAAAGAAAGGUGGCUUAAUCCCUUAAAAGAGCUGGUAGAAAAAAUUAAUGAAAAAUUCAGCAAUUUUUUUAGUUCCAUGCAGUGUGCUGGUGAAGUUGAUCUCCAUACAGAAAAUGAGGAAGACUAUGAUAAAUAUGGAAUUCGAAUUAGAGUCAAAUUUCGCAGUAGUACUCAACUGCAUGAAUUGACUCCUCACCAUCAAAGUGGAGGCGAAAGAAGUGUUUCCACCAUGUUAUACUUGAUGGCCCUUCAGGAGCUUAACAGAUGUCCAUUCAGAGUAGUUGAUGAAAUCAAUCAGGGAAUGGACCCAAUCAACGAACGGAGAGUGUUUGAAAUGGUCGUAAACACUGCCUGUAAAGAAAACACAUCUCAGUACUUCUUUAUUACACCAAAGCUCCUGCAAAAUCUUCCUUAUUCUGAAAAGAUGACAGUAUUAUUUGUCUACAAUGGUCCUCAUAUGCUGGAACCAAACAGAUGGAAUUUAAAGGCUUUCCAAAGGCGGCGGCGCCGUAUUACAUUCACUCAACCUUCUCAGUAGAAGCAAAGGGAGGGAACUUGGAAGUUUUUCUGUUAGAUUCUGUUUAUAAAUGUGGCUCAACUGAAUAAAAGUUAGUAGAUUUAUUAAAACAGAAAGAUUGAUUAUUUUUGGAAACUAGCUUUUAAAUAUACAAAUAGGUUAGUGAAAUGUAUACCACAAUGAUUUCUUUCUCUGGAACAUCAUCUGGUAGUAAAAGUUAAGUCUUCAGUCUUGGUUGAUCUUCCUUAGUACUCUGUGAGUAACUGGAUUCCCAUGCUUAAAGGUAUUUACUAUUGCAUAUCUAAGGUACGGUGGAAUGGAGGUUAUCAACCACAAGUUGUUUUCUUGACACAAUAGCCCUGAGCUUUAAUUGCAAAUUAAAUUAAUAAGAACUAAUUACCUAUAAAGUCAUCUUAAGAUGACUCUAGAAUUUAAAUUCUACUUUCUCCCAGUGUUAUUUAACUUUUUAAAAUUGAUAUGGAAGUAUCUAAUGUAUAGUAAUAAUUUAUGACAAAUCUAUUCAGUGCUUUCUAUUAAAAAAGAUUACCUUAUCUCCACUAGGAAAUGGAGUUUUGUGGGCCUUUGAAGUAAGUUUUAUGAAACUUGAUGCUGUUAUGGUUUUUCAAGGGAAAAAAAGGCAGUGGGCCUCAAAAAUGCUAGCAGAGCUUCUUUGAAAUGCCACAAGGUGGCCACUAGAUGAUGCAAAAUGCAGCUAAAAAGAUUGACAGAGAAUAAAAUCAGGUGACAAGGGUUUUUAAAGAAUAACCUUGUAAAGUCUGUGGGGGGGGUGUUUUGUUUUGUUUUUGUUUAAAUUUCUAAAAAAAAAAAGAACAUUUUUAUAAUUAUUUUUAGCAAGAUUUUCUUAAAAUUUCAUAUACUGGUUUCUACAAUUUGUAUUUGAAAUUUCUCAGUGCUGUAUUAGAGUGAGGGGAAAACAUUGAUUUGUUUAAAACCAUAAUGUUUUUAGAAUUUAAGCUUAGAGGUCCUUCUUUACGGUGUUGAUCUACCCUUUAUCUUAGAAAAUCUAGUUUAAACUGUUUUCUUCCAGCUUGAAAGAAUUAAAUGAGAAAAAUCAUUUGUUUAUCUCUGAGAGUUUUGCUAAUUAACAGUGCCAAACAAAUCCUAUUCUUUUAAAAAAAGUAAAUCUUGUAAGAAAAUGGACUGGUCCAAGAACACGUCUUUGAGUAGUGAAUUGGAUCUGUUCUGGUAAACCUGACAAAAUUUUAUUUUAUUUUAUUUUAUUUUAUUUUGACUUGCUAGGCUGAAUAAAUUGAAGAAUGGCAUUCAGUUUGGGUUUUGUAUAUUCUUAAAUAGCCACUGACAUUUAUAUUCUUAUUAAGUCAAAAAAUAAUGAGCUGAGUUUAUGUCCUUUUCCUUAGACAUUUUCUCUUUUAAAACAUAUUUUUUCUUUAUAAAUGUUUUAAAAGAGCCCUCCCCUCCUAAGUAAACUAAACCUAGUGCAUGUCAUAUGAAAAUAUUUCAAAAUGACAUUUUUACUAGUAUGAACAAGUCAUAUGAACAUUGAAAAUUUGGUAACAUAUUAGUAAAUGGACAUUACCAACUGUAUUCUGUUGUUACUUUGUUUCCUACUAUAAUAUCUUUAUUAAUAUGUUCUUGGUGUAGUUUGUUUUUUGAUAGUUAUUACAGUCAUCUUGUUUCUACAAAAUGAACCUCAUUGUGCUUGAAGAUUAAGCAUAUUUGAAAAUAAAAUUUUAAUUUACAAAUGCAAAGUUACUUCAUACCUUGUUUAUAAGAAUUAUAUUUCUCUAUUAGACAAAGUAAUAUUUGGUUUUACAUUGAAUUUUGAGCUCCGAAGGAUAAAUUAUGUAUCAUUUUAACACAUUAAAGAAUAGUAAGUCUAGAGCAAUAUAGUUUCAACCACUUAAACCGUCAUGUUUUCUACAAAUGUUGAUUUUUAAUUAACAUUCAAAUUGUAAGUACUUAAAGUAAAAGCCUGAUUUGAUGAAAAAAAUGAUAUUGAAAGCUUUAAGGUGACAAGCAUUUUUGAUUACUAAAUUUUCAUUGAUUUGCCCAAGGAGAGUCUCUCUUAAGAUUUUCUAUAUUGAAAGUAAGAAGAAAGAUUUCUUGCUGCUUUCUGAUUGUCUUUUGGACGUAUGCCUAUCUUUGCAAUAUAAACCUUUAGUAUGUGAAAAAUGUAAUUUUGUCUUGCAAUUGUAUGUGUACAUGUCUGUAAUUGAUAAAAACUCCGUGGAAAUGCUAAUUUGUUGGUAAUAAAUACAUAUUUUCAUAUUC